CCCACCGGACAGUCUUCUUAAACGUACCGUACUGAGGACAGCAGGAAACACCACUGUGGUCAAAUUAAUUGUGAUUUUUACACAAGCUACUCGAACGUUUUCCUGUGUAGUUGGUUAUACCAUCCUUUACUCAAAAUGGGGAAAAGACAGCAUCAAAAAGAUAAAAUGUAUAUCACCUGUUCGGAGUACACGAACUUCUAUGGAGGGAGAAGAAACGUAAUACCGAAGGCCAACUUCAGACGGCUCCCCUUUGACCACUGCAGUUUGUGUCUCCAGCCAUUUGAAUAUCCCAUGUGCACAACAGAAGGCGUUGUUUUUGACCUAAUGAGCAUAGUGCCAUGGAUAAAGAAGUUUGGUACAAACCCUGCCACUGGAGAGAAACUCGAGGCAAAGUCGCUCAUCAAGCUCAACUUCGCCAAGAACCAAGAAGGCAAAUAUCACUGCCCUGUUCUCUACACCAUCUUCAACAACAACUCUCACAUCGUUACCAAUAAGGUCACAGGCAAUGUGUACUCUAAUGAGGCUGUGGAACAGCUCAACAUAAAGACCAAAAGCUUUAGAGAUCUGCUGACUGACGAGCCCUUUACACGCCAGGAUCUCAUCACCCUACAGGAUCCCACCAAUCUGGAUAAGUUUAACGUGUCCGACUUUUUCCACGUGAAGAACAAUCUGAAGGUCCUCGACCCAGAGGAGGAGAAGGCCAAGCUGCUGCCGGACUACCACCUGAAGACCACCAACAUGGAGACACGUGAGACGCUGGCUGAGCUGUACAGAGACUACAAGGGGGACGAGCUGCUGGCCUCCACCAUGAAGGUGCCCGUGCCCAAGAAGACUGACAAGCUCAACGCAGCCCACUACUCCACCGGCACGGUGUCGGCCUCCUUCACCUCCACUGCUAUGACUCCUGCCACCGUCCAUGUAGCAGAUGCCAUCGCUGACGAUUCGGUGCGCUUCCAGUACGUGAAAAAGAAGGGCUACGUGCGCCUGCGCACCAACAAGGGGGACGUCAACCUGGAGCUGCACUGCGAUAAGGUGCCCAAAGCUGGAGAGAACUUCAUCAAGUUGUGCAAGAAGGGAUAUUACGAUAACACGAUCUUUCAUCGCUCCAUUCGGAACUUCAUGAUCCAAGGGGGAGACCCCACUGGCACUGGCACAGGAGGCGAAUCGUUUUGGGGGAAGCCGUUCAGAGAUGAGUUCCGGCCCAACCUCUCCCACACGGGCCGUGGCGUCCUCAGCAUGGCCAACUCCGGACCAAACACCAACAAGUCCCAGUUCUUCAUCACGUUCCGUUCCUGCGCCUACCUGGACAGGAAGCACACUGUGUUCGGCAGAGUGGUGGGGGGUUUCGAGGCUCUCACUGCCCUGGAGAACGUGGAGGCUGAUCCAAAGACGGACCUACCCAAGAGUGAACUUAAAGUGCUGAGCACAACCGUGUUCGUGGACCCUUACGAGGAAGCAGACGCACAGAUUGCAGCGGAGCGAGAGAAGGACGUGCAGGAGCAGGAGCAGGAGCGAGCUCAGGCCACGGCCACUCAGAGCCGAGCCAAAGAGGAGGCGCAGCCCAAGACCUUCAGGCCCGGCGUGGGCAAGUACAUCAACAUGGCCGCCACGAAACGCCCCGCGGACAACGACAAGCCCUCCACCAGCGAGGCGGUGUUCAAGAAGCCCAAAGGCGGGACGGGGUUCGACAGCGACAAGCCCUCCACCAGCAAGCCCUCCACCAGCAAGCCCUCCACCAGCGAGGCGGUGUUCAAGAAGCCCAAAGGCAGGACGGGGUUCGGAGACUUCAGCUCCUGGUGACAGGGAGGCGGGGGCGUUUCUCCCACAGACCCAGCCAGGUCACAACCCUUCACACCGCCACAUUCCUGUGGCUUCAGCACACACUUGAACCUCUACGGACACCUCUAACCCUCACAACCCCAGACGUUUCCCUCCCAGCGUCGAGCCUAGAUCCUUUCACCGACUCCUUCUCUCCGAAUCUGGCAACCAGAAGAACCGAGGCAGCGUCCGUGUGUUUGUUUUCAUUGUGGCCAAUCAGUCGUUUGUUCCUCCCUCCCUCUCUCCUUUCAUUCGGAGCGUGUGUACAGCGCUGGUUUUUGCAUUGAUCUGCGUUCCAUCGCAGCCGAGUAUUCGUUGUCGCUGGCAUCGGAGCCCGUUAUUGAUCUGCUUCGGUGUGAGGGCCAUACUGCUGAACUCUGCACGCACAGCAGCUCUAUUUUUCUCCACUGGUGGUCCUGUAUUCGUCUGGCAGACCUCCCUCCCUCGACAGGGUCACUUUGAGCCCUCUCCACUAUGCUUCACUUCCCAGAACAGUUAUCCCUGUGUCAAAGCUGUAGCACAUAAAGAGGUUUUGUUUUUGUACAAAGUCAAUAAUGUGUUUGUUUUUGCCAGCAGCAAAAAGAAGUGAUACAAGGAUGUUUUAAAGCAGGUCUACAUGUCUUUUCUGCAGUAGAUACAUUUUUCUUUUUUCCUGUUUUUAGUUUUGUUUUGUAAGGUGGUGGGUUGUGCAUUUGUAAAUGGCAUAUUAAAUUCUCUCCAAACUUUCCAAAUAUACCUCACUUCAUUUGGA